AUGAAGAUUGGAUUGAUUGUCCUCAACAGCCUCUUGGCUGGUGCUAUCGCGGUACCUGCUGGAUUGCAGAUUGUACAUGAGAAGCGAGAUACCAGCAACGCGCGAUGGACGAAGCGUGAAGCACUCAAUCCCAAUACCAAAGUUCCAGUCCGCAUUGCCUUGAAGCAGAACAACCUCGACAAGGGCAUGGAUUACCUUCUUGACGUGUCGCAUCCAAAGUCUGCAAAUUACGGCAACCACUACACGGCUGAUCAGGUGGUUGAUCUGUUCGCGCCUAGCCCACCGUCGGUAGCUGCUGUCACGGCGUGGUUGGUCAAGUCUGGUAUCCCAGCUAGCUCCAUCACCGCUUCUAAGAGCAAAGGUUGGCUUGACUUCACGACAACUUCUGGGCAGCUCGAGUCUUUACUUCAAACCUCGUACAACACCUAUCAGCAUGUGGAGGCACGGAAUGUUCACGUUGGGACAGACGAAUAUCGUCUUCCAGAGGAAAUCUCUCAGCACAUCGACUUCAUCACGCCCGGUGUUGUCUUCUCCCCGAUGAAAAAGUCUUCUGGAGCCGAGAAGCGUGGGGAGAAAGGGAUCCGACGAGCCUCCAAGCCUAUUCCGGCAGACAUUGCGCAGAUUCUCAGAGAGAACCCUCUUGCCACCUCGACGUGCGGCUCUGCCAUCACCCCUCAGUGCAUCAGGUCAAUGUAUAACAUCACGGCUGGAACAACAGCUGUUUCCACAAAUGCACUGGGAAUUUUCGAGACCGGGGAUACAUAUGCCCAGCAAGACCUCACAUUGUUCUGGGAGAACUUUGCCACCAACAUUCCAUCAUCUACCGGGCCCAAGGUCGACGAAAUUGACGGCGCUACUGCCCCUACCAGCCCCUUUAACGCCGGCGGAGAGUCGGAUCUAGACUUUGAGAUUGCCAUUCCAAUCAUCUACCCUCAGACUACAGUUCUCUACCAGGCUGCUGUCAAGAAUGAUGAUAUUUUCAACACGUUUCUCGACGCAAUCGACGGAUCCUACUGCACCUUUUCGGACGACGGCGAGACGGGCGACGACCCAACUAUUGACGGCACCACACGAAACGAGCAGUGCGGAUCUUUCAAACCUACGAACGUCAUCUCCUUUUCGUAUGGAACUGCUGAGGCUGACUACCCUACCUACUAUCUCCAACGCCAAUGCGAUGAGUUUAUGAAGCUCGGUCUUCAAGGGAAGAGCAUUGUCUUUGCCAGUGGUGACGACGGCGUUGCUCGUCGAUCGGGUCCUUGCCUCGGCCCAAAGCGCAACAUCUUCACUCCGGGCGAACCCGCUAGCUGCCCCUACGUGACAUCAGUUGGUGCUACAACGCUUCCGUCUGGUAAACAACCGGGCGAUGCAGAGACUGCUGUUACGACCUUCUCUUCUGGUGGUGGUUUCAGCAAUAUCUGGACUACUCCAAGCUACCAAGCCGAUGCCAUAGCAUCUUACUUUGCCAGUCACGACCCCGGCUAUGCUUCCUACAACACUUCCGGCGGUGUAAUUCCCACGACCGGCGGCAUCUACAACAGGGCGGGUCGUGGCUAUCCCGACGUUUCUGCUGUAGGAGAUAACGGCGUCGUUGUCAACAAGGAGGAGGAAGUUCUCGAAGGCGGUACCUCUAUGUCUGCGCCCCUGUUCGCUGGCAUCCUAACUCGGAUCAACGAAGAGCGUAUCGCUGCUGGCAAGAGCCCGAUAGGUUUCGCAAACCCUGCGCUCUAUGCCAACCCCUCCAUGUUCCACGAUAUCACAGUAGGGAACCAAGCAAAGGGCGGCCCCAACGGUGAUUCCGGCGCCAGUGCUUGUGGCAACACGGGUUUCUCUGCUGUUUCCGGCUGGGAUCCAGUUACAGGACUGGGAACACCAGAUUAUCCUGCGCUGUUGGAGUAUUUCCUGGGUCUCGCCUAG